AUGGAACCUACAUGGGAUGAACAUCUUCCCGAAGAUCCGGUAUUCUUCUCUAGGGACGUUUACGACAAAUUCUCACUGACUCCAUCUAUUAAAGAACUCUGGGCUAGUUUGGGAAGUACCAAAGUAAAGGUCACAGAGAAUGAGGAGGGUACAGAAAAUCCUGGUGCACCCUCUAAUCAGGAAGCAAAGCCCAAAAACAAUAAAAACACUCCUCAAAAUGCCACAGCAAGUAGUAGUGAACCGAGCACUAACCAGACAGAGGGGCAAAAUGACACAAACGAUGGUGCAGCUGAAUCAGAGAACAGAGACAUCCAUGCAGUGGAUAAUUUUCUCCAGCCAAGGGUGCCCUACCCCUGUCUCUCCAGUCUCAAGAAGAAAGAUCAACAGGCAUAUCUGCGUUUUCUAAAGAACCGAAACGGCCCCUCUCCUCCACAGCAUCUACUGGAGCGGGCAAAGAACGAGGUGGCAGAAUUUAUGAGGUAUUUGCAGGAUGUUUCUAGAAUAUGUUCAGAGGACUACAACUACAUGUCCCCGGGAGCAACACGCUAUUCAGAGGAGUAUCUGCAUGCCUGCUUAGAUCAAGUAAAAAACUAUCCCCAGAUUUACCUCAUUCAAGGAAUCACCAGUUUAACAGGGGGGAAAUUCUUCCCAGAUAUAUCGCUCAACUUUGAGAAACAGCUGCUCUCCAUGGGGCGUAUAGACGUCGUGGAGAACAAGGUGCUGCCUGCAGAUGCACAGCUCUCAGUCGCUUAUGAGACUGUUUCAUCUGUAAAUUCACCCGCCAAGAAAGUUCGCUAUAAACACACAGACAUUAGCACUGAUUCAAAUGCUGAGAAACUCUGUGCUACCUAUGAGCCUCAUGUGUGCCUGACCAAAGAGGCUUUUGUCCAACUUCUCAGCAAUGACCCAGAGUUCACUGAGGCAUGGGAACUUCCUGUCUGGGUGAAAACUAUCUCAGGCAAAGGUACCAACCGGAGGAAGACAGUGUACAUAGACUCGCCCCUGCUUAAAACAGAGAUGACUCAAAGAGAGAGAAAUCUCAUUUUUCAUGAAGAGAGUAUUAAAGUGGCUGUUAAGAAAACAGGCUCCAAACCUGUUUUUUUCCUCAAAUCAGAGCAGCGGUACACACAGCUAGACGCUUCCUCUACAGAGAACAAGUCCAGGAAUCCUGUGUCGUUUGACAGCACAGUCAUUGAUUUUGAAAUGGAUUUAACAGAACUUGAGUCAUUUGGAGAAUCUUAUGAACUCAGCAAGAAAGCAAAAAAAGUCAAUGAACCCAAAGCGCUUUGUAAAGGAGACAAAAAGGAACUUUCUCUAAGUCAAACAGACUCCAAAAAACCAACCUGCAGUCUUACUCCAGCUAAAAACCCUCCAGAACCUUCAGAGACUACACCAGCUCCUCUCACACCAGCCCAGGAGGUGGAGAAAGGCGGAGCAGAUACCUCCUGGACAGAUGUAGAGGAUGAUGGCGUAGAGGAGAGCUCCAAGGUGAAUUUGAGUCCAGUGUCCGGAGAGGAGCAGAUCGGUGCUGAUUCAACCGAGGGAGAGCCCGCAGGCUUGUCUCCUGUCAAACGAAAAAAAGAUGACUCCCAACAGAACUCUCCCACUGAUAUGGACUCUGAUGAAGAGCGGCUGGUCAUCGACGAUUGCUCUUCCCCCAUGAAGAACCAUGAAAAGAAGAGCAAUACUGCUCAGACUACUGCUCAGGAUCCUUCUCCGGCCACACUGGGCUCUUCGGACACCAUCACAUCCCCCAAACAUGAGAGCACACUGGACUCCCCUGCAACCCCUAUCCAGCAGCCUCACCCUGUCACCCAGCCUAAAGCAGAUACAGGCUCACCACAGAACUCAGGACCGAGGAAAGGGGCUAAAAGGGCCAGAUUAUCUGGGGAAUGUGACCAGUUAGGCCAGAUCCUUCGGAUGCAGGACACUCUGCUGAAAGCCACCCCAAGCAGGAGCCAGGAGCCUCAGAAGACUCAGACCACAGAAAACAGUCCUGCAGAAACACGGAACGUCAGCCGUGCACAGUCCUUGGUGAAACCCUGUGUGACCUCCUUCCUGGAGUCUGGAGAGUGCCCUGCGGAAGACGUUAAGACUGUCGCUAUCUCAUUGGCUGCCUCGCCAGACCACCUGACAUCAACUCAGAAGAAAAGUCUGCUAACAGAGGAGCUGCAGGUGACGGCUGAAGAUGAGAUGGACUACGAGGCUCCAGAGAAGGGCAACGUCAUCUAUAAACUCUACAGUCUGAAGGACAUCCUGCUGAUGGUGCGCAGCAGUGUGGAAAUGGCACAUCCAAGACAUGAUGAAGACACUUACAAAGUGGUGCCAGUGCAUUUGCUGCCUAAGCUGGAAUAUCAACUGUGUUACGGAGCGGAGAGUCUGACCCACAGUGAAGCGUGUCGUCUGUGGGCGGAGACACUCUUACACUCCAGCACAGUCUCAUUCAUAGGCCGCAUUAACGCCCACACCUCAAAGUUAGCCCAGAUGCAGGAGCUCCCGCCUGACUGGAUCCAGAACACCUCCUGUGACUUUAAGCCUGUCCGCUCACUCAACUCACUUCAUCACAUACUGAAGAAAGUCACAGAGCUAGAAGAAGGGAGGUUCCUGCUAACACACAAGGCCAAGGAGGCGUUUGUGACUGUUUACAAAGCCGCUGAUGGAAAAAAGGGUAGCCAUAGUGCUCACGAUUUGCAGCAGGUCCACAGCGGUCCCCCUGGGGCUCCUCUGCAUGGUGGUGUGCCCUGGGUCGCCCUUGACCCCUUACACGUUCUACCUUUCCACCAAAAACACGGACGACCACCCUGCAUCUUCCCACCGCCAGACCCCCACGGACAGAAGGCUGGAGGAGGAAAACCAGGACGUCAGGGUCCAGGGAGAAGCCCAGGUCCAGCACAGAAACCUGUCCCAGAAAAUAGUCCUGCAACAGGCCCAGGGCUGUCCAAUCAAACAGAGGUGGGAAACAAGAAAAAGAAGAAGAGCAAAGGCAGGCGCCUGAAGCAGAAACAGAAAUUCUUUGAAAAGCUGAGAGCCAGUAAAAAGAGCACCCAGCAGAAGACUCCACAGCCAGAUUAG